AUGGGUAUUGAUUCGACAGCCGCUAAUUCCAACGCGGGAUCUGCCACCGGGAUAGGCUGGUGGACCAUGAUGAACGGGAGCCUAUACGAAGAAAGUCCUCCUCCUGCUCCGACAGUGAGCACGCCUGUUUCCUCUCCAAACUCCGUUAGCAUAACUGUCGUACCGGUAACGGCUACGACGUCCUCCACAUCACCCAGUUCCUCAUCGGUUGCUAGUAAUAACACGGGGCCCUUGCACAUACCUGCCAAACGACUCACAACUUCCUAUGAUUCCGUUGAUCCCGCGAGCGGAGUGAUACGUCACCCCGGAUCCCAACCUUGGAAUUAUUCUCCAGCAGAAAAUUAUUCCGCCACAGCAUUCGAACCUCCUACCGGUCUAAGUCAUCAUCAAUACUCAACCGCAUCAAAUUAUUAUAACCUACCGUCUGAUCCCACUUCGAGGGACAGUAGGAAAUUAAAUUUCUGGCCUCCCGCGGUCACAGCUUCUCCUACAUCCGAUUUUAAAUAUAACUCAUCCGUUUCUGCAACGAAUCCUACUGAUCCGAGCUCCGUUUCCGCGUGUCAUCAAAGUUUCACGGCACAAACCCCUUGGUGUAAUGCAUAUUCCUCAGCCAGUCGACAUCACGUCGAUCAUCAUGGACACCAGAGCGUACCCUACAUACAAGAAGAAUCUAGGAGAGCAGCGGCUGCUGCUGCAAUGGUCGCCGAUGGUUUUCCACACGACAGUUACAGCAGUCUGAGAAGUUAUGGAGCUUCUGAUCCGGUUCCGACAACGCCAUAUCCUCCACCUGGUUCACUCGGAGUUGGAAUGGGACUAGGAGGGACUUGCGGUACGGGUACGAAUCCACUCGAAUGGACGGGUCAAGUAACAGUAAGAAAAAAACGUAAACCCUAUUCAAAAUUUCAAACAUUGGAAUUAGAAAAGGAAUUUUUAUUUAAUUCAUAUGUAUCAAAACAAAAAAGGUGGGAACUCGCAAGGAAUUUAAAUCUCACAGAAAGGCAGGUAAAAAUAUGGUUUCAAAACAGGAGAAUGAAAAAUAAAAAAACUCAUCAACGACAAGCUGCACAACAGCAAAACAACAAUAAUAAUAAUAACAACACUUCAGCGAGCAAUGCCAACCACCACACGACGAGUCACCACCACGGUAGUCACCACGGUCACGCCGUACCCAAUCAUCAUUCUGUUACAAAUGGCGGGGUCACAAUAAAGCAUCAUCAGUGA